GCACUUUGGACUUUCUCCUCAACACUGAUUGAAGGCUUGGGCUCAUUUUCAAUUAAUACUGCAAGUGAAACGGUUUAUCAGGCAGCUGAAAGAAUGAUCAACUCUGGAAAAUUAGCGGGACGCACCCUGUUCAUCACUGGCGCAUCCCGGGGAAUUGGCAAAGCAAUCGCUUUGAAGGCUGCACGCGAUGGUGCCAACAUUGUGGUUGCGGCUAAAACAGCCGAACCACAUCCCAAAUUGCCAGGCACCAUUUACACGGCUGCCGCCGAGAUUGAGCAGGCCGGCGGCAAGGCGCAUCCCUGCAUUGUCGAUGUGCGCGAUGAGAAACAGGUGCGCACCGCCAUCGCUGAUGCUGUGGCCAAAUUCGGUGGCAUCGACAUCGUUGUGAAUAAUGCCAGUGCCAUUUCAUUGACCAGCACUCCGGACACGGACAUGAAACGUUACGAUCUGAUGCAUCACAUCAACACGCGGGGUACGUUCCUCGUCUCCAAGGAAUGUCUGCCCCACCUGGAGAAGAGCAAUCAUGGCCACAUUUUGAACAUCUCGCCACCGUUGAGCAUGAAGGCCAAAUGGUUUGGACCCCAUGUCGCCUACACAAUGGCCAAGUACGGCAUGUCCAUGUGUGUGCUAGGCAUGGCAGCGGAGUUCCGGGAUCGUGGCAUCGCCGUGAAUGCCCUUUGGCCCCGCACUGCCAUCCAUACGGCGGCAAUAGAAAUGCUGACGGGACCGGAUAGCGCCAGCUGGUCACGCAAACCCGAGAUUAUGGCCGAUGCUGCCUAUGCGAUACUCUGCCGGGAGCCCAAACAAUUCACCGGCGAGUUCUUCAUUGAUGAUGAGGUGCUCGAAUCUGUGGGCAUCAAGGAUCUGACAGACUAUGCCUGUGUCCGGGAGAAUGCCGACAAGCUGAUGGUUGACUUUUUCGUUGAGUCCAAGGAUGCGGAGGCUGUCAAGGAGAAUACAGCGCCAGCGCCUGCAGGAGACGACAAAAUUCCGCAAUUAUUUAAGAAAAUUGAGGCACUGCUCUCGCCAGAGAUUGUGUCCAAGACACAGGCUGUCUACCAAUUCAAUAUCAGUGGCGCCAAGCAGGACACCUGGUAUCUGGAUCUGAAGAAUGGCGCUGGUGCCUGUGGCACGGGCACUCCACCAGCAGCUCCCGAUGCCACACUCACGAUGAACUCGACUAAUUUCUUCGAUAUGUUCUCGGGGAAACUGAAGGCGGCACCCGCCUACAUGUCCGGCAAGCUCAAGAUCAAAGGCGACUUUCAGAAGGCCCUCAAGCUAGAGAAACUGAUGAAGGCCCUCAAGUCCAAGUUGUAGCUCAUAAAGGCAAUCAAAAUAUGUAUCUGACUGUAUUCAAUAAAAAACUAGAAUUUGUUAA